UUUGGAUGCUAAGCAAAAUACAAAUCAUUUAUGAGAUUGCGACUUUCCAUACUAUUUGCCAAAGAAAACAUUUGCUCAAAGAUAUCACUUACUUUUUGUAUAUUAUUGAUGACACAAUGAUUCUUACUAAUGUAUAUAUAAAUGUUAAUUUUUAAGGAACUUGAGUCUUAAUAGCCUAAAUACUAAUUGUAAUUAAAUUUAGAAACUAAGAUUUUCUUGAGUCUAGAAAAGGACAGACAAUUAACUUAAUUCGGGUUUGAAUAUAAAGGGUCAGUCAAAUAUUUUGUUGCUAAAGAUGAGGAACUUCGGAAAUUGAAAUCUCAUCUCAGAAAUAGAGUUAUGUUCAAAGAUGUGAGUGAUUUCUAUUAACCUAUUAAAUUAUUAGGUAAGGGUGGAUCUUCUAAAGUAAACAAUUUAUUUCAAUUAUAGGUAUACUUAGUAUUGGACAAGGAUAAUAAAUAAGAUUUUGCAUCAAAAUGUGUUGAAAAACGAUAUUUAAAAGAAGACGGAGGAUUUGUAAAAUUUUGUACUAUAUCGUUAGCAAGCCUUGUUCAAUGAGAUAAAUUUAAUGGCUACUUUAGAUCAUGAAUCUGUUGUUAAAUUGGAGGAAGUCUAUGAAGGAGAAAAUACGUUUUAUCUUAUUCUAGAACAUCUCAAAGGUAAUUCAUUACAUGAACUCGUAAGUCGAGGAUAGAUAACACAAUUAAGUUGGGACUAAAUCAAAUCAAUACUAUGGGUAUUUUUUAUAUCUCUAAAUCUUACAGUAAAUAUUGACAGGAGUUGCAAGAAUGCAUUAAUUAGACAUAAUGCAUAGAGAUUUAAAACCAGAAAAUAUCAUGUUUAAAGAACCUAAUCAAUUAACAGGAUUAAGAAUUGUAGAUUUUGGAUUAGCAACAUCAACCCAGGUAUCAAAAUACCUAUUUCCUAAAUGUGGAACACCUGGAUAUGUUGCACCUGAAGUAGCAAAUCUUAAAGAUUAGACUUAAAAAUAUGAUAAGAUUUGUGAUAUGUUUAGUGUUGGAUGCAUUUUUUACAAAUUGUAUUAAAUUAAUUUCUAAACUUAUUUAGAAUAACUUAGAAGGAUUUGUUUCCAGGAAAUGAUUAUCAUGAAAUCUUAAAGUUGAAUAAGAAAUGCAUUAUCAAUUUAGAUAAUUUAAGCAUUUAUAGAACACCUUAAGCAGCAAUGGAACUUAUUUAAUUGAUGUUAUAAGCUGAUCCAAAAUAAAGAAUCACAGCAUAAUAGGCUUUAGAACAUCCAUUUUUUUCGGGAGGUUUUACUGAUAGAAAAUUAAAAUUCUAAUCAUAAAAGAAAGGAUAAGGAUAAGGGAAGUUAUGGCAAACUUCAACAUUUCGAAUGGAAAAAUCAGAUAAAUUAUAAUUACCAGAAAUCAAAUAGAAAUCAAGAUAAAGAGAUGAAGAUGAAGUAGAAGAUGAAAAGAUUAAAAUAAAAGUUCCUAUAAUGAAUAGUCCAAGAUUAGCAUAACAUGCUAAACGUAAAAAUUUAGCAUUAGCUGAUGGUUCACCAACUGAAAAUCCAAAAAAGAGUGCAUUUAAAAAAUUUUCUACUUAAGAAUUCGAUUAAUAAUCACCUGAUACAUGUUCACCAGAUUCUGCAAGAUAACAUCCAACAUUAAUAAUAAACAAUAGUCCUAAACUUAUAUAGAGUUAAACAUUAAAAAGAAAGUUUACUUAUAAAAACUAUCACUAACAUUAAGCAAUUUAUGAAGUAGAAGAUGAGUAAAAAAAUUAAUGA